AACACCCACCGCUGUCCCCCACUCUGAUAUUUCCAACAAAAUACCUAAAACACCCCUCUAACAACAACACAACUCCUUCCUAAUGGACUCACUGAGUUCCACAAAACGAGCCCGUUCCGACUCGGCCGACAACGAGUCAGACUCACCUCAACCAAAGAGAAUCCAACUCGACCUUCUCGACACACUAGACGACUCGGACGAGUUAACGUCGGCUCAAGACCUUGACUCGUUCAUAAAGAGUUUCCAAGACGAAAUAUCUCCUCUACCGGAAACACUCGACCGGACUUCUGAUUCCGGCGAGUCUAGACCGGAUCUCGAGUUUCUACUCGAGGCAUCGGAUGAUGAACUCGGACUUCCUCCGCCGACUGAGUCGGAUAGGAUACCGGACUCAGUUUCGACUGAGUCGGUUGAACUCGGUGUGUUUUCCUGGUUAGAUGACCAGAUCCCGAACUAUAACUCGUUCGAAUACGGAUUCGAGUACGUAGAUGAUGAUGCUAGUAUUAAUAGUAACGGUAACGGUGAAUACGUGGCGUUAGAUGGAUUGUUUGAUUAUACAGAUCUAGGUUUUGGACCGUCCGAUUUGUCAAGUCGGACGGAAUCGUUGCCGGCUCAGUGACGAGAGUUGAUUUAUUAGUUAUUGUAAAGUUUUUUUAAUUUUUUAAUGUUAUAAUAUGGAGACAAGGAUAGAACGUCAUACCUCCUCAGAUGUUGAUUUUUAUAUAUAUAUUUUUUUUCAAGCGAGUGAUGUAUGCGAUCGCUUUGAAAUGUUUUUGAGGAUGAAGAUGACUUUAGCAAUAAGUUAUAUUUUUUUAUAUUUAUGUGA